AUGGAUAUGAUCUUCGUCGCCCGGCAACUUCAGGAGAAGUGCCAGGAGAUGCGGACCCACAUGUACUCUACCUUCGUGGACCUGACGAAAGCCUUCGACACGGUGAAUCGUGAAGGACUGUGGAAGAUCAUGCAGAAAUUCGGCUGUCUGGAGCGAUUCACUCAGAUGGUGCGUCAGCUGCAAGACGGGAUGAUGGUGCAAGUCACGGACAAAGGAGCUGUCUCAGAGGCAUUCGCAGUGACCAACGGAGUGAAGCAGGGAUGCGUGCUGGCCCCAACCCUCUUCAGUCUUAUGUUCUCUGUCAUGUUGAUGGACGCCUACCGCGACGAACGCCCCGGCAUCCGCAUCGCCUACAGGACGGACGGUCAUCUCCUGAAUCAACGGCGGAUGAACUUCCAAUCGCGCGUAUCCACAACCACCGUUCACGAACUCCUCUUCGCCGACGACUGCGCCCUGAACACCACCUCGGAGGAGGAGAUGCAACGGAGCAUGGACCUAUCCUCCGCCGCCUGCGAGAACUUCGGUCUGGUCAUUAACACGCAGAAGACGGUGAUAAUGCACCAACCGCCACCCAACUCAGCCACAGCCCUCAACGCGCCACCGCAAAUCAGCGUGAACGGAACCCAACUGCAAGCGGUGGAGUACUUCCCGUACCUGGGUAGUACUCUCUCCCGCGACACCAAGAUCGAUGGCGAAGUCGCCAACAGGAUCUCGAAAGCCAGUCAAGCCUUCAGUUGCCUCCAAUGCAUAGUUUGGAAUCGUCAAGUUCUUCAACUGAGCACGAAGCUGAAGAUGUACAAGGCCGUCAUCCUGCCGACGCUACUGUACGAAGCGGAGACAUGGACGGUGUACACAAAGCAGGCACGCCGACUGAACCACUUCCACCUCAGUUGUCUCAGUCGCAUCCUGAGGCUGAACUGGCAGGAUCGCAUUCCCGACACUGAUGUGCUGGAACGAACGGGAAUCCUCAGCAUCUACUCCAUGUUGAGACAAAUGCAGCUGCGCUGGAGCGGCCACCUAGUGCGCAUGGACGACGAGCGGCUACCCAAACGACUCGUCAACGGAGACGUCGCGACGGGUUCUCGCCGCCAAGGAGGUCAAAUUCGUCGAUACAAAAACAUUCUUAAGUCCUCCCUGAAGCGUCUGCAAAUCAACCCCACCAAUUGA